ACAAUGGCUCGCACGAAGCAAACUGCCCGCAAAUCUACUGGUGGGAAAGCCCCCAGGAAGCAAUUGGCUACCAAAGCUGCUCGCAAAAGCGCACCAGCUACCGGAGGUGUGAAGAAACCUCAUCGCUUUAGACCGGGAACUGUUGCUCUCCGAGAAAUUCGUCGUUACCAGAAAAGCACGGAGCUUCUGCUGCGCAAAUUGCCCUUCCAGCGCCUAGUUCGUGAAGUGGCUCAGGACUUCAAAACUGACCUUCGCUUCCAAAGCUCUGCUGUAAUGGCACUCCAAGAAGCUUGUGAAGCGUACCUCGUUGGAUUGUUCGAGGAUACGAACCUAUGUGCCAUUCACGCCAAAAGGGUUACCAUCAUGCCCAAGGACGUUCAGCUAGCAAGGCGUAUUCGUGGAGAACGUGCUUAA